CACACGCUCGCGCGCUGCAGAGCUGUCAGUGCUUCGUCUCGUGCGUCCUCUCCGCUGCAUCCCGCGCGCCCAGACGACUCGAGGUCCCUUCAACUUCAGCCGCGAGACUCGGGACGGAAAACAUCCCCACGAGCGGAGGAUACAGAAGGGAAGGAGAAGGAUGGCCUCGCAGAACAUGCAGUCGUGCCUGAAACUGUCCGAGGAUCAGCUCAAAACUCUGGAGCACAAUUUUAACAACGUGAGCAAACAUCCGGACGGAACCACGCUCAUCCUGGUGGCGGCGGAGUGCGGACUGACGGAGGAGGAGACGGAGAACUGGUUCAAGCUUCGUAACGAGCAGUGGAGGAAGGCAGAGGGUCUCCGGCCCAAAGAGGGGUCGGUGUUCGAAUGAGCCUCUCCUCACCGCUUCCUGGAUGGAGUUUGAUUCCCGGCGGACGAACUGACCUCCUCUCCUCUUCUUCUAGUCUGCGAAGCUAUUUUAUCUUGUGGAAUGUGAAGGUGUUUGUGUUGUUGUCGUCAUUGUUGUUGCCAAUUGUAACCGACAUGUUUACAGAAAUAAACAUUAUUAUUGUAAGUUAACCCCCGGCGGCGCGUGCUGUGCAUGUGAGGAAGUUACACAACCGAGGGCCGAAGCUCGGAAAGAGAGGAGAGCAGCGCCUCUUUGUUUUCACUGCUUUGUUUACAUGCGAGUGUGUCAGCGGGGAGCCGAGCCGGACGCUUCGCACGACUAUAAAAGAAGCGGGGAAGAUCAUAAUAGACGCUGCUGGAACGUGUGGGGAUAAAUCUGUGCAGAGCGGGGAACCAUUGUGAGCCAGACAAACGUCAGGUGAUCUCAUGUCAUUGUCUCUCUCUCUCUUUCUCUCACUGGGUGAAUGUGAAAAGGAUGUGAUCUCACUAGAAAGUCUCCGUUUUCCACGGUGGAGUGACGGCCGUGGUUACAGAGCUGGAAAAAUAAUCCAAUGCAUGUAUAUUGUUUCAAAUUGAAGAUGAUAUGUUCACUCUGGGAAUCGCACAUGCAGUGUAAACUGGGAAAAUACAAGUCAAAUGGGCCCACAAUGAUAUUUAAGAAGUAAGAAAACUAAAGAAACUUUUUGGUUUUAACAGCACCUGGAUAACAAUAGUUUCAUUAAGCUACCAAACCCUGAAAAACGAUCCUGAGCUGAAAAAGUGGAAGUAGAUGAGAGGACAGUGGACAGAGUCUCAUUUUCCAGGUCACGGAGAAACGCUGAACCCCCCCACCCACCCCCCCGUGUGGAGGUGGGCUGGAGGAGCAGGAUGAGGUUUCCUGCCAACGAGCUGGAGGCGAGAACGCUGUGAUCGUGGGAACAGCGCACAGAAACCAACACCCAGCCGACAGGUAGCCCAGCCUCCCGUAAAACACACUGCCGCCUUUCACAGGUGUCCAACGACACUGGCACGCUGAUGAGUUAUGAACGCUCAUGUUCCUGUUUACUCCAGAACCCGAAUGUGCAGAAUGCCCCCUCCUCACUCUGGAGGGUAAUUAUAGAAAUACAGAAGUCUCACAGUGGAGAGCUCUGUUUCCUGAACCCCGGGGGGGUGGGGGGGGUUUCCUCUGUUUAGCCUGGUGUGAAAAAAAGCCACACCCACUAAAGAAAACAAGAUAAAAAAAAAAAAAAAUUCUCGGCUGAAAACAUGAGCUGCCUCCCCC